CUACAUAUAUAGACAGAACUUGCAAAACAUCCUGUCCGUUUGAACAACUAGACUGCCAACAAGUUAAGUACAGCCACCUGUCAAAGAUGCGGAAUCAGACAUCGCUCGUGUUCCUUGUCUUUGCCCUUCUCGCCCUCUUCGUUCUCCCAACAACAUGCCAGAAUGCCACCGACCCCACAACGACACCCGCCUUACCACCUGUCGUCGCCCCUAGCACAACUGCUGCUCCUGUCUCUCCAAGCCCGACAACACCAAUUCUACCUCCCGUUGUCACAACCCCAACCCUACCCCCCGUCGUCACAACCCCAAUCAUUCCACCAGUGAAUUCAGCAGUAACUCCCGUACCAACGACGCCCACCAUAGCCAGCCCAACUCCCACCAUAGUUACAACACCCCCAGCUACCACUCCCACCGUAGUUACAACGACCACGAAGCGCACAACGCCCGCAUCCGCCACCCCAAUCCCAACAUCAACAGGAAUCGGCCAGGAGCAAAAUCAAGAUCCCUUAACAACCCCAUACACCAGCCUGCCGAAGCCCAUCACAAUAGCCCUCUCCAUCACCGGAGCCGCCAUCGCCGUGGCCAUGCUCGGAAUCUGUUUAUUCAGAAAAUACGGUCUCCCCAGUCGAAAACUUCACCGAAACCGCUUCACAAGCUCAUCAGAAGAAGGUCUGAAUCAAGCUCACCUAACACACCGCCCCUCAGAACACAUAGACUACACUUAUCAGCACCACAAGCAGCAAAACUGGCCUGGCAUGAUCGAACAUCCUACGUUCGGCCGGACCAGGUUGACGGACGCUCUGUCGGCCCCCGUCGAAAACAAACCGUUGCCCCCUGCUCCUGCUCAUCAUGAUUCGGCUGCUCAUCAUCCCCAAACUUCUCAGCAACAGCAAAGACCAUAUAGUGGGUAUUACUAUCAAUAGACACCUUGACACUUUUGUGUAGAAAAUGUAGUUUAAAUUAGUUUGUACAUGACAUAUAUACACGGCUUUUUAAAAGCAUUGAGAACCUAGAGUAAAUAAAGCUGUUUCGGAUAUUCAAGCA